AUGAUUAUAAAAGAAGCCCCUACAGAUUCUCAAAUCAUUGCUCAUCUACAAAGAGCAGGAAUCAAUGUGCGAAAAACUAUCGCCACAACAGAUAUUCCUCUAACUCAAUCGGCUGUAGGUCCAAGCACAAAACCCCUUGUUGCAGCUGGCGAUUCGUUCUAUAUGAUACAAGGCACCAAGGGAAUGUAUAUUGGGACAACUACGGGAAGGAUAUUUGCGCUUAAAUCUCAUAAAGUUGAUGAAGGGAAAUCCCCCUCCCUUGUGAGAACACCUGGAGGACAGGUGAUAACAUCUAAAGAGCAUGAAUCUCAACUGAUCAAGGCCGCAUUCAACUCUUUGCUUCGUCGAAACACUGACACAAAUCAACCAAUCAGAUAUCCCUAUUUGCCUCAACAACCAAUCAGACCGCCGUAUCCUCAAAUAGGAGAUUACCAGUCGUUUCCGCAACCAAGUAACUUACUGAGCAUGAUUGCUGGACAAUCAGAUGACUCGGCAUCUUUGAGAAACCCGCAGAAUAUGACUACGCCAAUUUUACCAAAUUUAACACAGAUGCAACAAAAUUCUUCAAUCGGACAAAAUCUUCAACUGACUCCGCAAAAUUCACUAACGAAUCUGCAAAAUUUAGACAUGACUCAGAAGAAUUCAAUGAUGAAUCCGAAAAAUUAUUCAACUAUUAGUCGACAGUCGUCUAUAGACCAACAAGCGUCCAAUCAGAAUCCGCUAAUCUCAUCUAUCCUUACUCAGCAAAAUUUAAUGAUGAAUCAGCUUGUUCCAGGAGCGAAUCAGCUAAAUGCAGCCAUGAGUCAGCGAAAUUUAAAUAUGAUGCAGCAAAAUACUUUUCCGAGUCAGCAGAAUUCCGCGGUCAAUUCGUCAUUAUCCAACUUACUAAACUCUGAAAAUUCUAUGAAUGGUCAGCAAGGUGUUUCAACUCCUCUACAAGAUGGCAGCAACAUGGGUGCAAUGAACCAUGAGAGUGUUGCUAUGGAUACAGAUUCUAAUUCUAGUUUUCCAACGGUCACACAGCAAAACUCUGCAAUUGAGAUUUCCUCCUUAGCAGAUUCAAACACGACACAUCAAUUCAAUUCGUAUGGAAUGAUGAGUCAUCAAACUGUACCAGGGUUGCCAGAUUCUGUGAAUUCGCAAAACAUGCUGCUUCAAAAUAUGAGUCAGCAAAUUGCGAACAUGACACAUGAAAACAAUUACAUGAGUCAGCAAAAUUAUCCAAGUAUGAGUCAGCAAAAUUUAAAUUUGCCAAACUACGUAACAGAGUCAACGAUUCAACAAAAUAGUACGUUACCCCCUACAUUUUUAAACUUAAUAAGUCAGCUGAAUGGAGCAAAAAGUGAUCAAAUGCAAAAUAUUCACAAGCUAGAUUCCGCUCUUUCUAACCAACAAACAGACUCAACUACUGGAACUGCCAAUCAAACUGAAACGAACGAUGCCUAUUCGUCAAUACAAGCUAUGCCCACCGAGUAGAAAUCCUGGUAUUCUCGUAGUAUGUGUACCAGUUAAUGUUAGGCCAUAAUUUCAUUCGGAUUUCCUUUAUUACGAGUUCGGGGACUGUAAAGGGGACUGCCAAGUGGAUAUAACCCCUGCCAUAGACUUCCGUCCCUUUACACAACUCCAUGUAAAAUAGGAAAAAAAAUUCUCCAUAUUGGUACACACACAUAUGGAGAGCCAAAAACCCCGCCAGGGAUGGCCAAUACCGAAUAGUUCACUAUUUCGAAU